GAUCAUUUCAAAGCCGCAACAUCGCUCUCCUGCUACUUACCUACCUCCGCCUCUUCUGAAUGAUCCUUUUAAGGAGAAGACGCUCGAUUACAUCACAAUUACGACAUAUUUGACGACUUUGCAUUCCGCUUCAUUGUGCGUUUUUGGUGACAAGGUGGAAGCAGUCUGGUGCAGUCCGUCGGACGGACGCGCUUAUCGCCGCAUUGGUGCGUUUCUAUUUUGACACCACGCGAGGAGGUGCGGACUGGUGGUUUUUUAUCGACUGGUUUAUUUCCAGCCGGAUAUUUAUGGUGAUUGAUUAAUCCGCCGAUCUGGUAUCCGGCGGGGCAAUGCAGCACGGCGACGGGUGCUUAUCUGCAGGGGUAGGCGUGUUCGGCACCAGCCUGACCACCAGGGUGAUCAUCCCGCUGUUGAAGAAUGAGGGAUUCGCCGUUAAAGCGCUUUGGGGCCGCACGCAGGAGGAGGCGGAGGAGCUUGCAAAGGAGAUGGACGUCCCGUUUUACACCAACAGGAUCGACGACGUGCUGCUGCACCAGGACGUGGAUCUGGUUUGCAUCAACCUGCCUCCGCCUCUGACGCGACAGAUCGCCGUCAAAACCUUGGGUAUUGGAAAGAACGUGAUUUGUGAUAGGACAGCCACGCCUUUGGAUGCUUUCCGGAUGAUGUCUGCAGCCCAGUACUACCCUAAGCUGCUGAGCAUCAUGGGAAAUGUCCUCCGCUUCUUGCCAGCCUUUGUUCGAAUGAAGGCGCUGUUGGAGGAAGGCUACAUAGGCGAGCUUCUGGUUUGUGAGGCGCAGGUCCACAGUGGCAGUCUCCUAGGGAAGAAAUACAACUGGAGCUGCGAUGACCUCAUGGGUGGUGGCGGCUUGCAUUCAGUUGGCAGUUACAUCAUCGACCUGCUAACUUUCCUGACAGGCCAACGUGCGGCUAAAGUCCACGGCUUCCUCAAGACCUUCGUCAAACAGACGGACCACAUCCGAGGCAUCCGUCAGAUCACCAGCGACGACUUCUGCACCUUCCAGAUGGUGCUUGAAGGCGGGGCCUGCUGCACCGUCACCCUCAACUUCAACGUCCCCGGAGAAUUUCGACAAGAGGUGAUCAUCGUCGGAACAGUUGGGAGGUUAUCCGUCAUGGGGACGGACUUGUAUGGACAAAAGAACGACGGUAGCGGAGGAACCGGGGGAGGCCCGGAACUUCUUCUCAAAGACUCCACAUCUCUUGAAAAUGCUUCGUUACCAGAUAAAGCCUUCAGUGACAUCCCUUCUCCGUAUCUCACCGGAAUGAUCCGAAUGAUCCAGGCGGUUCGGCAGGCCUUUCAGGACCAGGACGAUCGGCGGACGUGGGACGGUAGGCCUUUAACCAUGGCCGCCACUUUUGAGGAUUGUCUUUAUGCUCUCUGCGUGGUGGACACCAUCAAGAAAUCCAACCAAUGUGGCGAGUGGCAGAACAUUGUGGUGAUGACGGAAGAACCAGAAGUCAACCCGGCUUAUUUAAUCAGCGAGGCUAUGCGUCGGAGUCGGAUGUCACUCUACUGUUAGGAUUCAGGCGAGGUAAAGAAUCGAUCCGAUCCGAACGGACUUAUCUGACCUCGUUUGGUGCUGUCAAAUCUGUAGUGUUGCUUUUACCCGCCAAAUCAACUCCAUUGAUAGUGUUUCUACCCUAAACAAUGAUCAAAUCUUUAUUUAUAUGGAGGGAGUCCGUCCUUGUCCAAGUCCAACUACUGCUAUUGAGUUGUUCUUUACCAGAAAGGUAUUGUGCUUCUCAUCUCCUGAAAUGGUCUGGAAGAAAGCAACACACACACACUGUGAGUUUGUGUGAAGCCAGCCAAGGAUAAAAAUGUAAGUGCUGCUGUAAAGUUGCUUUAAUACAAUAUACUUGGAAAGUUUACCAUGUGAAUGUGCUUCAGGCAGUUUUUCUCCGCCUGUCCUUUUUUUUGUGUGAUGCAACAGAGAGGGGGGGGGG